AUGGACCCAUUCCGCACCAACAACGCAGCAGUAUCCAACGCAAAAGCCACCACAUUCCACACCACCCCAUUAUCCACACCGUUCAACACACUUCCUGCACACUCCUCAUCAUACCAAUCAUACCAAGACGACAUUCCAGCACCCCCACCCUACCACACCGUCGUCGACCCCACCCUCCCCAUCCCCAACAUGACAAACCCGUACGACCCCCAAGAAGAAGACUGCGACACGCAAGAAACGCCAGACGACACACCCGAAAUCACAAUCAACGCCGCGACCCAGAUCCGGGGCCACGGGAACAUCAUCUCCAUUGCACAAAUGGAUAGUGUGAGGAUAGCGAAUCUUAUUGCUACUGUACUUAGUGGUGAGGCUAUUGAGACGGGGAAGAUGGGGGAGGAGGAGGAUGCGGCUGGCAGGCCGAUUACACCAGAGAGUCCGACGACGGCGACGGCACGGGGGGAGUAUGCAGAUGGCGCAGAGGAAUCAGGCGGCGCUGUUGGCUCAGCAACGGAUGCAGCAACAGCAACAAGCUGCGGCGGCGGCGGUGGGAGGUCAAUUACCAAGGAUACCGUCGCCGAACGGAGUUAUGUUUCCGAUGAAGCCUGCGACGCCUCCGAUGAGUCGCAGUUCUAG